AAGUUCGAUAGUUGUUUGAUAACUUCAAUUGACUACCACUAUCCAAACCAAACUAACUACACAUCCACAAAACAAAACAAAACAAACCAAACCCCCAAGAUGGAGACCACACCGUCACCGGCACCGGUGACACCACUGAAACCCCUAACACCACAAGAAUGGGAGUCCCUAAUCGACGACUACCAGCACGGCGGAUCCCGUUGGAUCUCCCUCAACUACUCCGGUCAACCUCUCUUCGACCUCUCUCUCUCCUCUAUCCUCCGCAAAGACCUCUCUCUCAACCUCAAGCUCCUCAUCCUCACUUUCCUUGAAGAACACGUCACCACAAUCCUCGCCAAUUCCUCAAUCGAACAAAACCUAGAUCGUCUCCUCGAAACCCUCCGUUACGUCAUCAACUCUCCCGUUGACGCCGUUACAAUCACUUACUCGUUAAAAGAACAGGUGCUAAUUUCAACCACAUCUAUAUUUAUUAUGUUUACUAUUGAUAAUUACAAUCAUAGUAAAAUGACUAAGUUGACUUUUGUUAGUCAACUUGAGGGUUUGGUUGAGGUGUUGUUGACUGUAGUGAAUAGACGUAGUUAUGGAAUAGACCGGCAGUUACGCGGUGUCGGUUGCGAGUGUUUGAGAGAGUUAGAGAGGGAAUGUCCGGGUUUGUUGUCGGAAACGGUUGGUAGUCUGUGGGAGUUGUGUCAGAGUGAGAAGACUCAUGUGGCGCAAAGCUAUGUGUUGAUGUUGGCGAAUGUGGUUCAUGGGAUUGUGGUGUCGAAGGUGAAUGUGUCGGUUUUGAGUAGUGCGGUUCCGUUGGUGCCGUUUAAUGUGCCGCAGGUUUUGGUUGGGGGGAGUUUAGGGAGGGAGAGUUCGGGUUUAGCGGUUAAGGAGUUGAGGAGGGUGAUGUCGUUUUUGCUUGAGUGGCCGCAGUAUUUGACUCCGUUUGGGCUGUUUGAGUUUAUGUCGGUUGUGAUGCCGGUUGCCGUGGCGUUGGAGUUGCAGGCAUCUUUGUUGAAGGUGCAGUUUUCAGGAUUGUUGUUUACGUCGGACAUGUUGCUUUGUCAUGCGUAUUUAGGGAUGUAUUUACAGUUUCCGGAAGCGUUUAGUGGGCAUGAGAAUGAAGUUAUUAGACGGGUUUCGUUGAUUUCGAGAGAAGCGCAGAACGUGUUGGUUUUUCGAUUGCUUGCACUUCACUGGUUGUUGGGUUUCAUGGGGAUGGUGAUGUCAAAGAGAGAGGUGGAUAAAAAGAAAAUUUUUGCAACAGCUUUACGGUUUUACCCGACCGUGUUUGAUCCACUUGCUUUAAAAGCGUUAAAGCUUGAUUUGAUUGUGUAUUGCUCGGUUAUACUUGUUAAGUCUAGAUUGGAAGAUGCAAAUGGUGAAGGGUCUGUUGUGAAGCUAUUUGAAGAUGCUUUUGAGUCUGUAUCGGGUUUCAAAUGGUUGCCGUCAUGGAGCACUGAAACGUCUGUCGCUUUUCGCACCUUUCAUAAGCUUUUGAUUGGCGAAUCUUCUCAUUCGGAGUCUGAUUCUUCCCCUAGAGAUCUUGUGGAGUCUACAAUCUUCCAUGCUACAGAGAGGAUGCUAGUGACUAUGACAUUAGAGUCUCGGGGAUUAAUUCCCGUUAUGGCAGCUUUCAUCAACCGUUUGCUAAAAUGUCAUAAGCACCGGUUUUUAGGACAGCAACUGCUUCAGACGUUUGACAAUCAUUUGCUUCCAAAAGUCAAAGUUGACUAUCGACUGGGCUCUUAUUUCCCACUUUUUGGAAAAAUCGCUGAAAAUGUUACAGUUCCGCCAGGUGGACUGCUAGAUCUACUUGGUAAAUACAUGAGUAUUCUAAUUGAAAAACAUGGGAUUGAUACGGGAUUAAGAUCAUGGUCUCAGGGAAGUAAAGUUCUCGUUCUGUGUCGGACGUUAUUGAUGCACCACCAAAGCUCUAGAAUCUUCCUUAAACUUUCUCGUCUCCUUGCAUUCACUUGCCUUCAUUUUCCAGAUCUUGAGGUCCGUGACAAUGCAAGAAUAUACCUGCGAAUGCUCCUCUGUGUACCAGGAAAUAAGCUCCGACACUUACUGAGCACCGAGGAUCAGCUUCCAUCUUCUCACUCCACCCCGUUUUUCACCGUUCAGUCUCCUAGAUUUUCUUACGAUUCUAAAAAAUCAAAAGAUAUUUCAUCCUAUAUCCACCUUGAACGAGUGGUGCCGUUAUUGGUCAAACAAUCUUGGUCCUUGUCUUUAGCUUCCUUCAACGUUAACGGUGAAAAGCCGUACCAUAUGGAAGUCAUCACAGAUAGUAAUACUAAUACCCCAUCAUGGCAUCCGGAAACACCCGAUAACGAUACCGAAACACCGAGUAUCCCCGCACUUGAAGGACCCAAUCAAUCACAAGAACCCCUACGUGUAACAGAUUCUAAAGUUUCGGAAAUCGUUGAAAUAUUGAGGAAACACUUUUCGUUGAUUCCUGAUUUCAGACACAUGCCGGGUAUCAAAAUCGGAAUAACGUGUACCUUGAGGUUUGAAUCUGAACCGUUCAAUCGCGUGUGGGGAAACAAGGGAUCUGCUGAGGUGGAUACUGUGGAUUUACUUCAUCCUGCAUUGUAUGCUACUGUGCUCAAGUUUUCUUCUUCAGCACCGUUCGGGUCGAUUCAACCUUACCGCAUACCGUUUCUUCUUGGGGGUCCCACCAAAAACAUGACACCUUCCAGUCAAAGUCAAACUGAUUCGCUAGAUAUCGUUCCUGUGAACAAUGGUAUCGGAGAUGAAGAAAAAGAAGACGACGAAAGCUUUAAUGCGGGUGUUUUGAUUGAAUUGCAACCGAGGGAACCGACACCGGGGCUCGUCGAUGUGUCCAUAGAAGCAAAUGCGGAAAACGGUCAAAUCAUCAGUGGUCAACUCCAGAGUAUUACCGUAGGCAUUGAGGACAUGUUUCUUAAAGCUUUAGUUCCAGACGACAUUCGUGACGAUGAAGUACCUCGAUAUUACGUAAAUUUGUUCAACGCUUUAUGGGAAGCGUGUAGUAGCUCAUCUAGCACCGCGAGAGAGAUGUUUCUUCUAAAAGGAGGUAAAGGUGUUACCGCUAUCAAUGGAACACGAUCUGUCAAGUUUCUAGAAGUUUCCGCAACGUCUCUAAUACAAGCUGUUGAGAAGAAUUUAUCAGCUUUUGUUGUCAAUGUCAUUGGUGUUGAACUUGUUAAUAUUGUUAAGGAUGGAGGGAUCAUAAGUGACAUUACUUGGAAUGAUGAUGAUGAUGGUGCUUCUGGUUCUGGUUCUGGUUCUGGUCUUGAUGUUGUUGCGGUGGAUCCGUAUAUGACUGAGGGCCCGCUUUAUCUCAAGUAUGAUGAAGAAGAAGAUGAAAAAGGGAGUAAUCUUCCUAUAAAUAAAAGGAACAUGGGCCGGUUUCAUAUUUUGAUAUUCCUUCCUCCAACAUCGCAUCUUCUUUUUCAGAUGGAAGUUGGGGUAAACUCAACACUCGUUAGGAUCCGAACUGAUCAUUGGCCGUGUCUUGCGUAUAUUGAUGACUAUUUGGAAGCUUUGUUUCUUGCUUAAGAGGAAUGAGUUGAAGAAACUAGAAAGGUUACUCGUUUGUUGCCUGAAAGUUACGGGUUUAGAUCAUGGGUGAUUUGGAAAUCCGAAGGAAAAGUGUAAGAAGACAUUAUCUGCAAAGAGUAGUUUCAGGAUCUUGGUGCUCUGUGCACCCGUGUAUGUAGGUUGGCUUUCCGGUCCUAUGAACCAUAAAAAAAUGAGCCGGUUCUUGCAGAGGAUUUCUUUGUGGGGACUUUUUGGAUGGAUAUGGAAGCUUUUGUUGGUAGGAUUCAAUGCCUGAUAAGCAGGUGGAGAAAAGUUAUUGUUUUGUUGUGUUUUAUUUUGUUUAACGAAAUACAGUUCCUUUGAGGCUUUUACGUGAGAUUUGUAAGUUUUGGCAAAUUUUGAAGUAGAGCCCUUAUUUUUGCAUA